AUCCGAAGGAAGAAAUCGAAGGAUGGCGAAGCUGGUGAUCUUCACCGUAGUUGUUAUCACCAUUUUCUCCUUUGGAGUCUCCGUUGAUGACAAAUGUUCUGCUUGCAACGCCGUCGCGGAGGAAUUGGAAUCACAGCUUUUGAAGGAAAAACCACGAAACCAUCUUGAUUUGAGAAACCGACUUAAUUCUAAAGGCCAGCGUGAGGGAAAAGUUAUUGAUUAUAGAAUGAGCGACCUGAGGGUGGUUGAUUUGUUGGACGGGCUGUGUGAUAGAAUGCAGGACUAUACUCUACAAAAGGUUGAAUCUAAAAAUAGAGAAUGGGUCAAAGUGGAAAGUUUUGACAAUCUAACAAAUAAACAAGAAGCUAAAGCGCAUGCAAAUGACAUUUCAACUUAUUGCGGAAGAUUGCUGGAGGAAACGGAAGAUGAGCUUGCUGAGGUAAUAAAGAAUGGAACAUUAAAAGUAGGAGAUGCUCGCAAGGUUCUGUGUCAAACUUUAAGUAACCACUGCAGCAAAUCAAGUGAAACAGAUUCAGAAGAUGAGGAAGAUGACGACGACGCAGAUGAAUUAUAGCCCGUUCCAAGGAAAAUCUCACCACUUAUUUUACCAACAAGGUCCCAACUACAAAGACAUUUUUUACGACUCAUAUGUGGAUUAGACACCUUUUCAGCUCUUAUGUUCCAUCGAUAAUCCGUUCUAGAAAACUUAUUGGUUUAUAUAUUUUGAUUGAUUUAUAAA